AUGGAGAUCGUGGUGGAGACGGAGGCGGAGGCUGGAGCCAGCGGCUACAGUGUGACUGGUGGAGGACAGCGAGGGAUCUUUGUGAAAGAUGUCCUCAGAGACUCACCAGCUGCUAAACAUCUCAGUCUCCAGGAAGGGGACCAGCUGCUGAGUGCCAAGGUCUACUUUGACAACGUGAAGUAUGAAGACGCUCUGAAGAUCCUUCAGUGCGCCGAGCCAUAUAAGGUCAGCUUCCAGCUGAAGAGGAUCAUCCCUGGAUUAGAGAUCUGCGUACGGCCUCGUGUUCCCAUUGUGGAGGUCAAAGGUCCCAAAGCCAAGGUGGCCAAAAUGAGUGUGAAGGGCAGCAAGCAGUUCAAGGCCAAGAAGAUGAGGGGUGGGCGUUUUGGUCUGAAGAGGCUGAAGGAGAAGCGCAGAGAGGAGCUGGUGAUCGAGGGACAGCCUACAACGCUGGAGAUGAGUGACGUAGACGUGGAGUUUUCUCUCCCAAAGUUCAAACCGAGGAAGAGCACUAAGGCUGAAGCAGAAGGAGCCGAGGGAGCAGCAGCUGAGGGGAAGGCCAAGAGGAGGAUCAGGUUUCCCCACAUGAAAACAAAGGUUCUCACAGGGGACAUCACAGGAGGUAAAGUGGAAACAGAACAUCUCCAGGGAGAGGUGAACAUCUCUCCACCUGAGAUACCUGGAGCUAAAGUGAAAACCAAAGUAAAAGGACACAAGUUUGGAAUCAACUUCCCUAAGAGCAAACACACAAAGUCAGGCUCAGCAUUGGAGACUGGAUCUGUGGAGCUGAAGCCCCCUGGGGUGAACAUCCAGCCACUGUCAGUGGAGUUUAGUUUGUCUGGAGAUAAAAACAUAGACAUGGAGAUGGGAGGAGUUAAGCUUAAUACGCCUGAUGUGGAGUUUGCACUACCUUCCGGAAAAGCUGAGGCAUCUUUGCCCGCUGUGAAGGGAGAGGCUAAAAUCAAAGCUCCUAAGAUCAACAUCAAAGGAGGCUCUGAUGCAGAGGCUACAAGUGGUCAAAUGAAUGUAGACUCAGGCAACGGAGAUGCAAAGCUAAGAAUGCCAAAGUUGAAACUGCCAAAAGUUAGACUCUCACGCCAUUCGGAUGAGAUAGAUGGUGAGAUUAAGGUGAAAGCCAAAGGUAUGAAUGUGCCUCAAACUGACAUUACACUUCCAAAAGUAGAACUCAAAGGAGGUGGUAAGAUCAAUCUCCCUGAGGCAAAUAUUUCAAAAUCAAAGAUGGAAGUUGAUCUCUCUGGAAACGCUGCAUCUGUUGAAAUGCCUUCUCUUGAUAUUUCUUUACCACACGUGAAGGGAAAGUCUGACAUGAAGAUUUCACUCCCAAAGUACGAAGGAGCUGGGAAGACAGCAAUCAAAAUGCCUGCCAUGGACAUCUCUGGGCCUGAAGUAGAUUUGGAAUUUGACACUGGAUGCAGAAUUCCUGAUGAGGUAGAGGGCACUUUCACAGGGCCCAAAAUCUCCAGGCCAAAGGUUGACAUCUCAUUACCAAAGAUGGGUCCAUCAAAUGUGAACAUUGAAAGUCCAGAAGGUGGAGGACAAUUAGGUCUACCUUCUGUUGACAUCGCUCUCCCAAAGGUGGAAGCAGAGGGGGACGAUGUAGAUAUGCAUUACUUUGUUGGUGGAGAUGGGAAGUUCAAAAUGCCUGAGUUUGACAUAUCUCUUCCAAAGAUGAAGUCACCAGAAGGAGAAGUACAUUUUAAAGGAGAAGGCUUUAAGUUACCCAUGGUAGAUCUGAUACUUCCUGAAGGCAAAACUGGAACAACUGAUGUUGGAGGAGGAGGAGCAUUUCAGUUACCAACGUUUGACAUCUCCAUCCCUAAAAUGAAGACAGGUGAGGUGGACAUCGAAGGCCCUGAAAUAAAAGGUGGGAAGAUCAAAAUGCCCACUGUUGAUAUCUCUGUUCCCAAGGGAACCGUAGAGGAGCAUUUGAACAUUGGGAUCAGUGAAUUCAAAGGUGGUAAAUUCAAUAUGCCCUCUGUAGACAUUUCUCUCCCAAAAGUGGAGGUACCUGAAGGAGACUUGAACCUAGAAUGCCCCAAACUUCCUAAUGUUGACUAUUCCCUCCCCACGGCAAACUUGGGGGGCAACAUGGAGUUAGAGAGCAGUGUUGGUAGUGGAGCCAAGUUCAAGCUGCCAACUUUUGAAAAAACACUCCCAAAGAUGAAAUACAAGGAAGGAAAGGUUAAUAUUCAAGGACCUGAUAUUAAAGGAGGAACAAAGUUCAACACGCCUUCUUUAGAUGUGUCACUACCAAAGAUUAAGAUGCCUGAGGGAAAUAUUGGACUUGAGGGACACUCCGUUGAUAUCUCUCUUCCAAAGGGGAAAGUUGAGGUUUCUCUCCCUACAAUUAAAUCAAAGAAAGGUGACAUCAAAAUCAAGGGAUCAGACAACAAGGCUGGGGAAAUGAAGAUGCCAACUAUUGAGAUUUCAACCCCACCAGGAACAUCACAAAGCAAAUUCACUGCUGAGGGUGAAGGAAGAGGUGGUGAAUUAAGCUUGCGAUCUGCAGACAUCGCUCUUCCUGCAAUAAAGAUCCCUGAAGGAGAUGUGAAUUUACAAGGGCCAAAAGUCAAGGGUAGGACAUUUCAAAUGCCAAAAAUCAACUUCUCGUUUCCCAAAGGAAAAGCAAAGGGAGAUAUCGACAUUGAUGUUCACUCUGGAAAAGAUGGGAAUUUUGAAAUACCAUCCUAUGAUAUUGGACUACCUAAAGGAAAAGUCAAAGGCUCUAAGCUUAAGGGAGGAAAAAUCAACAUGCCAGACAUUGACUUGUCUCUCCCCAAAGGCAAGGCUGACCUCAGUAUUGAGGGUCCUGAGGCAAAAGGAAGAAAACUCAAAACACCUACAUUUGAUGUUUCACUUCUGAAAAUGAAGCUGCCAGAGGGCAAUGUCGAAAUUCCCAAGGUUGAUAUUUCACUCCCAAAAGGAAAAAUAGCGGGAGAUGUAGAUAUGCAAGGACCUGAAAUUAAAGGUGACAUGUCCCUCCCUAAGAUGAAGUCUCCAGAGGUAGAUAUCAGCCUUGAGGGUCCUGAUGUUAGAGGAGGAAAGUUUAACUUGCCAACUGUUGACAUUUCACUCCCUAAAGGAAACCUUGGGGGGGACCUUGAUGUGGAGG